AUGGAUACCUUAACAGAUCAUGGUAAAUAUAAAACAGACCGAGUUUUUUUUAUCAGUUUUAUUGAUGUACAGUAUAUCACAGCUAUAAACAUCGAAGGAUUUGAUUGUAUUGUAAUGGACCCACCAUGGCCCAAUAAGAGUGUCCAUCGUUCUUCUCAUUAUGAAACUCAGGAUAUUUAUGAUUUCUUCAAGAUUCCUUUACCCUCUCUUCUCAGCGAAGAGCACCCUUCGCUUGUAGCUGUUUGGGUAACCAACAGGCCAAAAUACAGACGUUUUGUGAUAGACAAGCUUUUUAAGGCCUGGGGUGUCACUUGGGUCACUGACUGGUACUGGCUUAAACUUACUACCAAAGGCGAACCAGUUAUGCCACUUGACUCUCCACAUCGCAAACCAUACGAGCAGUUAAUCAUCGGUCGGAGGAUACCAGAGAGCACAGGAGAAAUACCGAGUAAUAUAAACAUACCUCCGCGUAUUCUUGCCAGCGUACCCUCUAAUCGACAUUCAAGAAAACCGCCUCUUGAUAGUAUUCUGGCACCGUACUUGCCCAAUAAACCUAAAUGUCUCGAGCUGUUUGCAAGAUGCCUAACACCCGGAUGGACUAGUUGGGGGAAUGAAUGUCUUAAAUUUCAACACCAACAUUACUUUACCAGCACACCCAACCACAAUGAGUCAUCUGAAACAGAACCCUCCAGACUCGCUUCUGAUAUUAAAUAA